AUUUAUAUAAAUUCUUUGACGAAAAUGCUGCUACAGGAUUUAGAUUUGCUUUGAUAGCCUGUGAGCUAACAUGUGAGCAGUUGGCUUGACAGCUACACCUCUUAGCACAUGACAAUAACACUUAGCUUUUAAUUUCCCUGAAAAGAAAGGUUUAGAGUAUAUUACGGAGUUUACAUCAUUUUUUUUUAACAUAUCCGUCUUUUGCAAACAGGCUAACAUUGAAGCUAACAGUGAAGCUACCGUUUAGCAUGUCCUCUGUCAGUCACUGUCAGUAACUUAGUCACCAACAGGACUGCAGAUUGUUAUACAACAUGUCUUCGUGUAAAAGGCUGCUGUACUUUGUAAAGCACAGAAGCUUAUGGACGCAUGUUCGGAGAAAUGUCACAACAUGGUCUCCUGUUGGAGCUGCUUUCAAUGCCAAACCUCACAGGAGAGUGAACCCUUUGGAGAAAAACGUGGGUUUGUUUGGAGUGUCAGAGCUGAGCUGUCCUGCAGGCUUCCAGGCAGCCACAGAGACCGCUCUGAAGAACACCGAGCGUCUGGUGGAGAAGGUUUGCUCUUGUUCUUCAGGGGUUGAGACGGUCGAGUCUUUUGAUCAGCUCUCAGAUGGCUUGUGUAAAGUGGCUGAUCUGGCAGACUUUGUUAAAGUAGCUCAUCCUGAUCCAGCGUUUCGUGAAGCUGCAGAGAAGAGCUGCAUAGAGAUCGGCACGGUCGUGGAGAAACUGAACACGAAUGUUGAGUUAUGCAAGAGCCUAAAAGUAUUGCUGGACAACCCGGACAUUGUGGCUCAGCUGGACCCUGAUUCGAGACGAGUGGCAGAGUUGUUCAUGUUCGACUUUGAAAUCAGUGGAAUUCAUCUGGAUGACAAACUGAGGAAACAGGCAGUCGCUCUUCACGUGAAGCUGUUGGAUCUAAACAACGAGUUUCUGGUCGGCUCUCACCUGCCCAACAGAAUUGCGAGGUCUGCGAUUCCCGAGCAUCUACAACUGCACUUUGCAAGUGAAGGAAGCUUCAUCCAAGUUGGAGGACUUCAUGCAGAUUCCCCCACUGACUUGGUGCGAGAGAUUGCGUACAGGAUUUACCUUUAUCCAAACGCAGAUUUGAUGGAGUGUCUGGAGGAGCUGCUGAAAUGCAGAUACAAACUGGCCAAACUGGUCGGCUACAACUCCUACGGACACAGAGCCCUCAAGGGAACGAUGGCCAAGACACCAGAGACGGUGAUGAGCUUCCUUCAGUUGUUAACAGACCAGCUGUCAGACAGGACAGCCCAAGACUUUACGAUGUUGAGUAACAUGAAGAAAAAACUCAACCCUCUUAAUUCUGAGCUCAUGCCGUGGGAUCAUCCGUACCUCAGCGGUGUCUUGCGUGCUGAAAGGUACAACAUAGAGCCCAGCCUGUACAGUCCGUACUUCUCUCUGGGCGCCUGCAUGGAGGGUUUGAACAACCUCUUCUCUCAGCUGUACGGCGUGUCCCUCAUGUCCGAACACCCCAGUGCUGGAGAGGUCUGGAGCGAGGAUGUCCGCAAACUGGCUGUGGUACAUGAGACGGAGGGAUUAUUCGGGUAUAUCUACUGUGACUUCUUCCAACGGAAGGACAAACCUCAUCAGGACUGUCACUUCACCAUCCGUGGUGGCCGCCAGUGCCAGGAAACGGGUGAGUACCAGCUUCCGGUCGUGGUGCUGAUGCUGAGUCUGCCCCACCCGACCAAGAGCGCCCCCACCCUGCUCACGCCGGGCAUGAUGGAGAACCUCUUCCAUGAGAUGGGACACGCCAUGCACUCCAUGCUGGGACGCACUCGCUACCAGCACGUGACGGGAACCAGAUGUGCGACUGACUUCGCUGAAGUCCCGUCCAUCCUCAUGGAGUACUUUGCCAGUGACUAUAGAGUCAUCCGCCAGUUUGCCCGCCAUUAUGAAACUGGACAGCCUCUGCCUGAGAAUAUGGUGGCUCGUCUGUGCGAGUCCAAGAAGGUGUGCGGGGCCGCAGACAUCCAGCUGCAGAUUUUCUAUGCUGUCCUGGACCAGAUCUACCACGGCCAGCCUCAGAACCGCUCCACCACAGAAGUCCUGGAGGAGAUGCAGCAGAAGUUCUACGGCUUGCCUUACACACCCAACACGGCGUGGCAGCUGAGAUUCAGCCACCUGAUUGGCUACGGGGCCAAAUACUACUCCUACCUCAUGUCCCGCGCCGUCGCCUCGAUGGUGUGGAAACAAUGCUUCGUUCAGGAUCCUUUGAACAGGGACAUGGGUGAGCGUUACCGGCGGGAGAUGCUGGCCCACGGAGGAGCCAAGGAGCCCAUGCUGAUGGUGGAAGGGAUGCUGCAGAGACAGCCCACCAUGGAGGACUUCGUGGAUGCGCUGGUGUCUGAGCUCAACCCAAACUUCGAGACCUUCAUCAUGGACUCUGAAAGCUGAACGACGCCUCGUGGAAACAGACUUAAAGCGUUCUCGAGGCAAAGAGCUGAUGCGCUAACGCGCUGCUGCACACGGAUGCCGGGCCGAGAGGCGAAAGACGUGGCAGGAAGUUGCACGUUGGUUCUUUACGAAGCAUCUUUACUUUUGUCUGUAAAUGAAUUGUGAGCAUUUUUAUAUAUUGCUGGUGUCUCUUAAAGUCACAUUGACUUCUUUUGAUAUAUUUAGGCUCAUUAUGCUGUUAAUAUAAAGCACUAUUGUACGAAUCAAAGACCUGCUACAAACCGUGAAAACUCAAAAUAUUGAUUAUUGCAGAUUAUAGUAAACUGUGUCACUCAUGACAUUUCAGUAGAUUCAACAGGAAAGAACACGUGUACAAAAUAAAAAUGGUUUAAUGAUAUUAAACGAACAAUAUCUGCCUCAAG